AUGAAAUACGACAAGUCUGGCAAAGGGAGGAACAAUAUUGGGCCUUACGCUCUCGAAUUAAAUGGCUCAAAUGGGGAGAUAAGAAUACUCGUUUCUUUCAUGCGUCAACUAUACGAGCGCCGCCAAAGGAACCGUAUAACCAUUUUACAAGACGAAAAUCAGCGGUGGAUACGAGACUUGCAGGACUUCGGUGAUGACUCUCUCCUAAUUUUCCGGGCUCUAUACCCGGAGGAUCUCGAGACUAUCUCCGCUCCUCGACCAAUGCGGGGCGGUUGUAACACGAAGAUGAAUCAUAAGCUAACAGCUGAUCUCACCUUUGAGGAGGUUCGCCGGGCUACCUUCCAAAUGGCAGCCACCAAAGCUCCGGGCCCGGAUGGAUUAACGGAGUGCAGUUUUUAUCGGGAGCAUUGGGAAACAGCGGCCGACAGUGACGUCUCCCCGCAAACCUUCAUCAUUCCUUCCAAGCAAUCUCCCCAUUCCCCCCUCUUCCUUCCCCCGAUUCGUUGGAAUCUCGCCAUCCCUGCCCCGCACCGUCCCCUCGUAUAUAAAUCAUCUGCUGACCAUCUCCAUCCUCUCGGAUCUGCGAUUCGCCGUGCUCUACUGCCCUUUGGCCGCGUCAGUAGGAGCAGGAGCAGGACCACCGGUCGAUCCUGCCGGCGGUGGUGCCGAUUCGAUCCGGUCGGGAAGGAUGGUGGUCUCAGGCCGAUCACGGCUGGACAGGUGUCCUUUUUACUUGGCAUCAUCCCAGUAUUUAUCGCCUGGAUAUAUUCGGAAGUGCUGGAGUUCAGGAAGUCCGCUUCGGUUUCUAAAGUCCACUCAGACAAUAAUUUGGUGGAAUUGGGAAAUGGUACUGCCAAGGAAGAUGAUCGAGCUGUUCUUUUGGAAGGAGGCCUUGCCAAGUCAGCCUCUGCAAAGUUUCAUAGUUCAUCCAUUAAAACGAAUUUGAUCAGGUUUUUGACAAUGGAUGACUCUUUCUUGCUAGAGAACCGAGCAACUCUUAGAGCAAUGUCUGAGUUUGGAGCAGUAUUAAUCUACUUCUACAUCUGUGAUCGAACAAAUAUAUUGGGAGAUUCUACUAAGAAUUACAAUAGGGACCUUUUCAUCUUUCUCUAUGCUCUUCUCAUCAUAGUAGCACUGAUGGCCUCCCUGAAGAAGCAUAGUGACAAGUCGGCAUUUUCUGGAAAAUCCAUUCUUUACCUUAAUAGGCAUCAGACUGAGGAAUGGAAAGGAUGGAUGCAGGUUCUCUUUUUGAUUUAUCACUACUUUGCAGCAGCAGAAAUUUACAACGCGAUCCGUGUAUUUAUUGCUGCAUAUGUUUGGAUGACGGGAUUUGGCAAUUUUUCCUAUUAUUACAUUAGGAAGGAUUUCAGUCUUGCUCGUUUCGCUCAGAUGAUGUGGCGACUAAACUUCUUCGUGAUAUUUUGCUGCAUUGUUCUCAACAAUGACUACAUGCUGUACUACAUCUGCCCUAUGCACACACUUUUCACUCUUAUGGUUUAUGGAGCCUUGGGUAUUCUAAACCAGUAUAAUGAGAUAAGAUCGGUGAUGAUUGCGAAGAUAUUUGCUUGCUUUCUGGUGGUUAUAUUGAUGUGGGAGAUUCCAGGGGUUUUCGAAAUUCUCUGGGGCCCAUUGGCAUUUCUAUUAGGAUAUACUGAUCCAGCAAAACCGGAUCUGCCUCGAUUGCAUGAGUGGCAUUUUAGAUCUGGACUUGAUCGUUACAUUUGGAUCAUUGGCAUGAUAUAUGCCUAUUACCAUCCAACGGUUGAGAGAUGGAUGGAGAAACUGGAGGAAAUGGAAAACAAGAGAAAGGUCACAAUAAAAUCGGGCAUCGUUGCAGUUGCCUUGUUUGUGGGUUACCUGUGGUAUGAGUAUAUCUACAGACUGGACAAAGUGUCAUACAACAAGCUUCACCCUUACACAUCCUGGAUUCCUAUCACGGUAUACAUUUGCUUGCGAAAUUUCACUCAGCACCUUCGGAAUUAUUCGUUGACUCUCCUUGCGUGGCUUGGCAAGGUUACAUUGGAGACGUAUAUUUCCCAGUUCCACAUCUGGUUGAGAUCGAACACGCCAAAUGGACAGCCUAAAUGGCUUCUUUGUCUCAUCCCAGGCUAUCCUAUGCUGAACUUUAUGCUGACAUCUGCGAUAUAUGUUCUUAUUUCUCAUCGUAUCUUUUUAUUGACCAAUACACUGAAGGGAGUUUUUGUACCGACAAAAGAUGAUAAGAGGCUGCUGUCCAAUUUUCUUGCCGGCAUAGGCAUUAGUGUAGCUCUGUACUCCAUUUCCUUCAUUGUUCUUCAGAUCCCACAUACACCUGCCUGAACAAACACAAAAACCGAUAAAGUUUAGCUGCUGGAGCGACACAACACAAUAGAAGAAGCGAAUAAGCAUGUGGGAAAAAGAUGGCGCUAACAAUUCUUCAGGCGAAUUGCCUGGGAUGCUGCUACGGAAAUGGAAAAUGAUAGUGUGAAUUCAACCCUGGAAAUAUGGCAUGUCAUAGAGGAGAAAAGGUGAUUGCUUUAAUAGUUUGUGAGGGUGGCCUUAUAGAAUUACAUCCCGAGUCACCCAUCAUUCGUUAGUUCUACUAUCAAGAAAAUUGUGGGUCCACGUUGCGUAAGUUUUUUGGCGCCCGCUCAUCCGAUUAAAGUUUUGUUCCUGAUAAUUUUUGUUGUUUUCCUGUUCAAUUGUGAAUUAGUUUCUCUCAAGAAAUGUGGAGCUACAGAGAUGUAUAUUUAAAAGAAUUCAUUUCCUCCGUCCUGAAAUCGGUUGAUUGAAAUCUGUCAAUUUAUCGCA